AUGACCAGCGAUGCCGAUGUCGGGGAAGUGAAGGGGGAAGUGGGAGUCAGAGCCGCCUGCCCCAAGCCCCCCUCCCCCAACGCCACAGAAGGCGCUGCCGCCGCCGCCACGCCCAAGGGAAAGAGAGCCUCCGGUGAAGCAACCACCGACUCCCCGUCCCCAGAGCCAACCAAAAUCCUCACCGACGAUGUCCGCACGGAGCAUCCAGCCAGUGCCCCACCGGCAUCCUCAAACUCCAACAAAGGUAGUGACUGCUCAAACGCCUCAUCAGAAUCUACCCGGUCACUCCAAAGUCUGGGAGGAGCAGAGGCUGGCUCAAAAGACCCGAACCGCAACGAGGUCAUAGGCACCGAUGGUAAAGGUGCCGGCUCAACCCCGGUCCCAUCCCCGGACUGA